AUGCUACAAUUCGAACGAAGAACGAUCGUGAACGGAGCGCUGAUGAAACGCCACGUUGGCCAACCGAUCAGCAUCCAUUUAAAGGUGGAACGCGCCGACGAUGGUUGCAAAUCGUUCAGCGGCAAAUCGACAGACGGUGUCAAUGUCCAGGUGCAACUGUCGGAUCCCUUGAAUGGUGUCUGCUCAGGAUGGGUCGAAGUGAUAGGCAUUGCGGCUCCCAAUGAUACGGUUCGCGGAAAGGAGAUAAUAACGUACUUCAACAGCGGGGAGAAAACGGAAAGUUUCGAUGUGGAUGGACACAACAUGCUGUGCACACUGAUGUCGGUUUGCAAGGAACCUUUCUACAUGGGUCCACAAAUGUAACUCUCUGGAUAAUAUACGAUAUUUUGAAUUUA